AUGGUUCUACCUCCUGGAAUUAAGAGUGAAAAGCCAAAGCAGAUCACCCAGCUGAAACAAUACCUGGACAAGACAUUCAGAAUAAAGGAUCUUGGCCAGCUGAACUAUUUCCUAGGGAUUGAAGCUUUUAGAACUUCUGAUGGUCUCAACUUAUGCCAAAGAAAGUAUGCUUUAGAGAUCUUGGAAGAGAAUGGAUUUUUGGAUGCUAAGCCUGCCCAAACUCCAAUAAAUACAGGGCAGAAACUUACCAACACAGAGGCGACUCUUCUAGACAAACCUGAGGAAUAUAGAAGGCUGGUUGGCAAACUCCUCUACCUAACAAACACUAGACCAGACAUCUCAUAUGUUGUGCAACAGUUGAGCCAGUUUGUGGACAAGCCUAGAAGUACACAUCUUAUGGCAACUCACAGAGUAUUGAGAUUUCUCAAAGGGUCUCCUGGAAAGGGAUUAUUUUUCCCAAGCUGCUCUCGAUUAAAACUUCAAGCAUAUUCUGAUUCAGACUGGGCAACUUGCUCAGAGACAAGGAGAUCAAUUACUGGUUAUUGUAUCUACCUUGGGGAGUCUCUAAUCUCUUGGAAAACAAAGAAACAGGCCACUGUAUCUAGGUCUUCUUCUGAAGCAGAAUACAGGGCUCUAGCAUCUACAACAUGUGAAAUUCAUUGGCUCCUAUACUUACUAGCAGACUUUGGAAUAAAACCUAAUGGUCCAACUACUCUGUUCUGUGACAAUCAAUCUGCUAUUGCAAUAGGAGAAAACCAUGUGUUCCAUGAACGCACCAAACACAUCGAGAUAGAUUGCCACAUAGUCAAACAAAAGGUAUGUGAAAAGAUGAUUAAGUUGAUGUCCAUACCUUCACAAAAGCAGGUUGCUGAUGGCUUCACCAAAGCUUUACCCAAGCUGAGUUUUGACACAUUUCAUUCUAAGCUGGGCCUUCAAGACAUUCACGCUCCAGCUUACGGGGGGGUGACAAAGUAUGCACAAGCUGCAAAAUGA